CGUGCGCAGCGGGUGAGGCCCGCGUGACGGCGGCUGAGCUUGCGCCUGGCGGGGCGGGCGGUGGCGCUCGGAGUCGCCGGGAGCUGCCAGGCUGUCCGCGCCGCCGCUGCGGGGCCAUGAUCCGGAACGGGCGCGGGGCUGCAGGCAGCGCAGAGCAGCCGGGCCCGGGGGGCAGGCGCGCCGUGAGGGUGUGGUGCGAUGGCUGCUAUGACAUGGUGCAUUACGGCCACUCCAACCAGCUGCGCCAGGCACGGGCCAUGGGCGACUACCUCAUCGUAGGUGUGCACACUGAUGAGGAGAUCGCCAAGCACAAGGGGCCCCCGGUGUUCACUCAGGAGGAGAGAUACAAGAUGGUGCAGGCCAUCAAAUGGGUGGACGAGGUGGUGCCAGCGGCUCCCUACGUCACUACGCUAGAGACCCUGGACAAAUACAACUGUGACUUCUGUGUUCACGGCAAUGACAUCACCCUGACUGUAGAUGGCCGGGACACCUAUGAGGAGGUAAAGCAGGCUGGGAGGUACAGAGAAUGCAAGCGCACGCAAGGGGUGUCCACCACAGACCUCGUGGGCCGCAUGCUGCUGGUAACCAAAGCCCAUCACAGCAGCCAGGAGAUGUCUUCUGAGUACCGGGAGUAUGCAGACAGUUUUGGCAAGUGCCCUGGUGGGCGGAACCCCUGGACUGGGGUAUCCCAGUUCCUGCAGACAUCUCAGAAGAUCAUCCAAUUUGCUUCUGGGAAGGAGCCCCAGCCAGGGGAGACAGUCAUCUACGUGGCUGGUGCCUUCGACCUGUUCCACAUCGGGCAUGUCGACUUCCUGGAGAAGGUGCACAGGCUGGCAGAGAGGCCCUACGUCAUUGCGGGCUUACACUUUGACCAGGAGGUCAAUCACUACAAGGGGAAGAACUACCCCAUCAUGAAUCUGCAUGAGCGGACCCUGAGCGUGCUGGCCUGCCGGUACGUGUCAGAAGUGGUGAUUGGGGCCCCGUAUGCGGUCACAGCAGAGCUCCUGAGUCACUUCAAGGUGGACCUGGUGUGUCACGGCAAGACAGAAAUUAUCCCUGACAGGGAUGGCUCCGACCCAUACCAGGAGCCCAAGAGAAGGGGCAUCUUCCGUCAGAUUGACAGUGGCAGCAACCUUACCACAGACCUCAUCGUCCAGCGAAUCAUCACCAACAGGUUGGAGUAUGAGGCGAGAAACCAGAAGAAGGAAGCCAAGGAGCUGGCCUUCCUGGAGGCCGCCAGGCGGCAGGCGGCACAGCCCCUGGGGGAGCGCGAUGGCGACUUCUGACCUGGCGGAGGCCCUGGCCGGCCCUCCCCCUGCUCUGCUUCUGCGCCUUCUGCGUUUGGACAUAGGACUCUGCAGGGCCGCCCUCUCUAACUGGCCUGGCUCUGGAAGGGCUGGUGAGGACUCUGCCUCCUGCCUGCCUUCAAGGUGCCUGGUUUGCAGCAGGCUCUCCGCCCUUUCCAGCAAAGCUGCUCAGAGAGGGUGUCCAGCACAGUGGAGAGGCCGGCAGUGAGAUGGGCAGACGGCACCUGCAGCCUGAAACGCACCGCUCCUGCGUGCACCCCCACCUGGUCCCCAGAUGCCCCCACCACCUGGACAGAGGCCACACUGACUGCCCACCCAGCUGUGGCGGAAGGUGCAGAGCAGAGGGCUUUAGGGAGCAGUGACUGCGGUCACCCCUUUAGUUCUCUGGGUGUAGACCACACCACCUCCCACUUGGCACCCCCCAACACGGUGUCCUGUCACCCGGCGCCGCCUGGCUCCAGGAAAACACGCUUGCCUUCCUUCCCGGCAGCUUUGCUGCUCUCCUUAUGGACUCUGUUCUGUUUGUACAUGGCUGAUGUAAAUCUCUUUGGUACAACCGAAUAAAGCCUGGUGGCAGUGCUGUGCGGGGCUCCCAGCCCUGCUGGGAAGGACCAGGGAACCACCCAGCAAGGAGAGCCUCUUGGCCCUGCCCCCACCAUGCACCCAGCAGCCGGGAGUGCAGCACGCAGCCUGGCAGUGAGUGAAACCCGGGCCUCCAGCCCUCCAAAGCCUGGGGCCACCCCCUAUAGCAGGUGAUGCUAGAAUAGGGAGGAGAGCCAGAGCUGAAGCUCCUUGCCCGUUGGCCCCUCCAGGGGCCAUGGGAUUUCUGUCUCCCGUACCCCUGUCGGGGCCCACCUGGAGCAGCCCAGAGGCCGAAGAGGCUCUUACUGCAGCCUCUGGGAGGUGUCUAGGGAGGCCAUAGAUUGCCUGGUCUCAUUGCACUCAAAAUGAGGCUUAUGAUCAGUACUUUUUUCAGCCCCACACUCCUCUCCAGAAUGGCCUCUGCCCUACAGCGCCUGGCUCACGUGGGGCCCCAUGGGCCUGUCCUCUGCUGUUGUGAGGUCGACCUCAGGACCCAGCACAGGAGCUGGAGGCGAGGUGCACGUGAGGCUCUCCACAGCCCAGGAAGGCAGCCUCUCACCCUGCUCUCCGAGCCAGGGGCCAAGGUGUGAGGGGCACAGGCCAUCCUCGUCCUGCCAGGCCCCCGCUUUCAGGAGUGGGGUGGUGCCAAUGCUCCCACUCAGAACCCUGGACUGCGGGGUUCCCUGAGCAGAGGGACCAGCCAGUUCCCCAUAGACAGAUUGGUGCCGGACAGGGGCUGCCUGGGCCCCAGGCUUGGGGAGGGUGGAAAGGCCCUGUGUGCUGCUGCCUGGGCCCAGAGGUGGGCCUGGCCCCUUAGCAGCAUUGGAGGCCAGAGCCCAAGCCAGUUCCGGAGUCACACCCAACAGCCGAGGGAGAACCUAUCCGUCUCCCACCCUCAGCUCUGGGGAUGCAUGCUCUGGGCCUCUAGAGCCAGGGCGCAGGCCCCCAACUCUCCUCCGUGCCCCUGCACCCUCGGACUUGGCCUGGCCAGAAGGGAUGGGGGCAAGGAGAAGGCAGCCAGGGGCUCCAGCCCAUGCCCUCACAGAUUUGGCUCUCGAGUCGGGGAGCGAAGGGCUGGGGAAGACACUGGGAACCGGGCCAGCGGUGGCCCUGCACUUUCCCCCAGGGAGCACCAAGGCUAGGCGCGGCCUCACCGCAGGGCUGGGUCGUGGCCAGCUUCGCCCCGGGUCCGAAGACCUCUGGGCGGCCCAGGCCAACCUUGUCCUGCUGCUGCACACCUGGCUGCCCUCUCAUAGCCAGGCUUGGGGAUUUCCAGGUCCUGUUCCCCUCGUGGCCUGGCUGCCACCUCUGGCACCCCUCACUCCGA